CUACAGUAGAAAUCCCUAUACGACCCUUUGAAUAAAAUCGAUACGACGCCUCCGCGUUGUUGAAAUCGUAGUCUGGAUAUGGCAUCGUUGAAAGACCUCGGCAAGCUCGUGAAUGGAGUUUCCCUGGUCGCCAAGGAGGCCAUGAGACGGGGUAUCGAUAAGCCAGACUUGCAAUCCCUAAUCCGGCGAGCCAUCUUAUCAGCCACCGACAUAUCCGGUCUCACUAAAGGCGAGGUUCGCAAUUUCGUGAUCACCGGUAACAAACCCAUUGGUGAUACGGACGGUAUCAAACAAGACAGCAGCGUUGUCUAUUUUGGGGAGGAGGUAGCUUCUUCGUCCGAUACAACUUCUGACCCAAACACCCCCAAAGAAGCGCAGAGACAUUUCCCUUCUCCUACCCCUACCCCUACCCUUAUAUAUGACAAUGGAAAUCUCCACGCGGAUGCUCGUAUAAACCAUCCAAAAAAUGCAAAGUGGGAAGGUGAUGUCGAAUCGGGGUCCCUUCAGACUAUGAUCAUUACUCCUCCUCCGGCUACUUUGGAUAACAAUGCUGCUGCAAUUGGAGUUGGAGAAGGAAAGGCUGUUCCUUUGACCAAUUCCCCGCCGCCUAAAGCACCGCCACUAAUAAAUAAACAGAGGCGGCGCAAGGAGAGGAGGGUUCCUUCCACCCCGUUCUCGAGAGCGCUUGGGUUUGCUGGACUAGGAGCUGGGCUUGCCUGGGGAACUGUACAGGAAUCUGCUAAGAGACUCGUCUUUGGUAACACUAAAUCAGAAAACAAGCAGUCCGCCCUUUCGCCUUUUUUAUCCGAAAAAAAUGCAGAACGGCUGGCUUUGGCUCUAUGUAGGAUGCGUGGGGCAGCACUCAAACUAGGACAGAUGUUGAGCAUCCAAGAUGAAUCCCUUGUUCCUGCUCCGAUCUUGGCUGCUUUGGAUAUUGUGCGUCAGGGUGCUGAUAUUAUGCCAAGAAGUCAGCUUAAUCAAGUUUUGGAAUCUGAAUUAGGCCCCAAUUGGUCCUCCAAGUUGAAAAGCUUUGAUUAUGAACCUCUUGCUGCUGCAAGCAUAGGCCAGGUGCACAAAGCUGUCACCAAGGAUGGUUUGCAACUUGCAAUGAAAAUUCAAUAUCCUGGUGUCGCAGAUAGCAUUGAGAGUGACAUUGACAAUGUAAAAUUGCUCUUAGACUAUACAAAUCUGAUUCCGGAGAAUUUGUAUCUCGAUAGAGCUAUGAAGGUGGCGAAAGAAGAGUUAUCACGUGAAUGCGACUACGAGUUGGAGUCUUCAAAUCAAAAAACAUUCCGCAGAUUACUAUCAAAUGUACAAGGGUUUUAUGUUCCAUUGGUGGUAGAUGAAUUAUCAAGUAAAAAAGUUCUGGCUACGGAACUUGUUCAUGGAAUUCCUAUUGAUAAGGUUGCAGUUCUGGAUCAAGAGACUCGUAAUAAUGUUGGGAAAAAGUUGCUCGAGCUUACACUGAUGGAGCUAUUUGUCUUCCGAUUCAUGCAGACUGAUCCCAACUGGAGCAAUUUUUUGUACGAUGAGGCUACACAAUCAAUAAAUCUGAUAGACUUUGGAGCAGCUCGAAAUUACCCCAAGCGUUUUGUUGAUGAUUACUUGAGGAUGGUGGUUGCGUGUGCAAAUUGUGACCGGGAAGGGGUAGUGGAGAUGUCGGAGAGGCUUGGGUUUCUGACAGGGAAGGAAUCAGAGAUAAUGUUGGAGGCUCAUGUUCAGGCAGCUUUUGUUGUAGGGUUGCCGUUUGCAGCAAAUCAUCCUGGGGGUUAUGAUUUCCGUGCUAACAACAUAACUCAAAGCCUUUCAAACAUUGGUGGGACCAUGUUGAGACACAGAUUGACACCACCACCUGAUGAGGUCUAUAGUCUACAUCGCAAGCUUGCUGGUGCUUUCCUCGCUUGCAUAAAGAUUGGUGCUGUUGUACCUUGCCGCGACCUUUUGCUUCAAGUUUACCAAACUUAUCAGUUUGAUGAUUAGAGACCUUCUUUCUUCCCUGCCCCCUUUAUCUUGCUGUAUAAUAACUACAUAUGAAUAUCACAUACAUGGCUAACCCGGCUUAAUAAUCCUGAUGCUACAACCCAACCAUUUAAGAUUCCAUCUCACCAAAUUAUCACCAAAUUGUCGCAUUUCUGCGUAUUCUGGUUUUGUAACAUUUUGACAAAAUUGCCAAAGCUGUAGAGGUAGUAGGUUAAGUAAUCAUAUGAUUUUCUUAUGUUUGUUUGUUAUUUUCUUAUAUAGUAAAUAGGUACGCGCACUCCCCAUUCAAUAAAUUAGUGGCACGUUAUAUGAUUUGAUACUCUAGGUGGUCGCUUAUACAUGUAUAAAUACAACUGCGUGUCUGAGUUUGUUCAUUCCUUUUA